AUGCGAUACUCGGGGAAGAUUAUAAACAAUACAAAUUGUUCCUCUCAUUGGAGAGACUCUGACUGGCGAAGCUUAGAAGAUGUGGCAGCAUCAAUUCCAAGACCUGAUAAGGUUUCCCCAUGGGAAAUCGAGCCUUUGGCACCUUCAUUUAACAUUAUCCAAUCGCAUCUUAAGAAUAAACGAUCACGUCAUGUUGAUGGUAUUGAUAUGCUAAUUCCUACACUGACUCAUGGACAAGAAAUCGGACAAUCAAGCAUGAACUCUCCAAUGAGUAUUUCUCAGCUUAGUAAUCACCAUGCAACUGAUUAUUCCAAGAUUUCGUCUAGUUGGCCAAUGAACUACUCAGUUCCUACCAUAUCUAAGCCGGACUGUAACAACCAAAUGGUGAUGUUUGGAGUUGAUCUGACGACUACAACAGGAACAAAAGAUCUUAUAGAACAAAUUGACAUAUACCAAAAAGUUAAAACUUCCAAAAUCUCCGAAGAAGAAAAGAUUGAGCAAAUCCAAACUCUGACAUCUUCAAAAGAUAUCCAAAGCCAGCAAAUCAAUUCUACUAGAAGUCGUAUCAAGGUUCAAAUGCAAGGUGUAGCUAUAGGAAGAGCUGUGGAUUUAACUGUUCUUGAUGGAUAUGACCAGUUAAUCGAUGAACUAGAAAAAAGUUUUGAUCUCAAAGACGAGCUGCGUAUAGACAAUCAAUGGGAAAUAGUUUUUGCAGAUGAUGAAGGAGAUAUGAUGCUUGUUGGAGAUGAUCCAUGGAUCGAGUUUUGUAAUAUUGUGAAGAAAAUAUUCAUACUCUCAAAAAACGAAGUCAAGAUAAUGGGAUGCAAGAACAAAUUCUCUGAAGGUUAUAACUUGUAA